AUGGAUUUAAAAAGUUGGAUUCUACUUUCAUGCACUUUGCUCCCAUUAUCUGUCACAUCUUACGAAUGCUACGUAACACCUUGCACACGUGAUAUCAUCAUUGUUGUUGAUGGAUCUAGUUCCAUGCAGACAAGCACAUAUGUUUCACAAGAAAUAAAUAUGAUCACCAAGUUAACUUAUUCGUGGACUUUGGAUGAUGCAAAAGUACGAUUGGCUCUGGUUGGAGCCUAUUUGGGAAAUGAGUUUAAUGGUUUGGACUAUUUCACAGAUAGCUCUCUAAUCGAAAAACGUCUUCAAUCAUUCCGAUUGGCAGCAAUGCAGUAUGGACUAUUUAGUGGUGAUUUUAAUACAACCGUCCGAUUUCUAGACGAGCGUUAUGUUGGCCCAAGAGCCACUUUUGGACCACGAGCAAAUGUUCAAAAACGAAUAAUAAUCUUUUCGGCUCAUAAAGGAGCAAGUGAUAUUGCAUCAACAAAGAGUAAACUACAAGAGUUUGCACAACUUGGAUAUGCCGUUACUAUUGUUGGAAUUGGAGUUAGUGAGGAUGUUUAUAAGGGUACUUUUUAUCACAAGUUUGUGUCCGUUCAAUGGUUUGAGUUAGGAGUUGUUGCACAAUCAAUUAUCGAUACAAUUACAGAGGAUGGGAUUUGUUUCUUAGAUCAAGGUUGGACGACUCCAAAGCAGGAAAUAUGCACCACGAGCACCACAACAACACGUGCUCCAACUACAACUACAACAGUAACAACUGUAAAAGGUGUAACUGGAAAACCUGCAACAACAGCUAAGCCAGUUCCACCUACACAUCCGCCAUUCCCAGUCGGAGAUUAUCAAGACUGUAGUUGUACUACACAAAGUCUAUAUAUUGAUAUAAUAUUUGUGAUCGACGUAUCAGAGGGAAUGGGACAAGGUGGACUUAUGAUGGUGAAGGCCGAGAUAAAUACUUUAGUUGGUCAAAUGUCACUGGAUCCAAAUAUUCAGAAACAUGUUCAAGUUGGACUUAUCAAAUACAGUGACAAGGCAGAGGUUGUUUUUAAACCAUCUGAUUAUACAAAUGAGGAUGAGUUCACUGAAGAUUUGUGGUCAGAUCCACGUCUUGAAGAUGUUGAUGAAAAAUCUGACGAGGUUAAUCUGCACUUGGGGCUUCAACAGGCUGCAAAAAUGACCGCUUCAAUGAGGAAUGGUGUGAGGAAGGUUAUUGUCGUAUAUGCUGCAAGUUACAAUGACGAAGGAAACGACGAUGCCCGCCAAAUCGCUGCAAACAUCAGAGAGACAGGUUAUGCAAUCAUCACAGUGGCAUUUGUGGAACCAGAAUCUUCAAAUUUGGUUAUGAAAAUUGGAGAAAUCGCAAGCCCAAGAAUGAACUUCACAUCUUUUCGAGAUGACUUGUUGGUUGAACAAAUGGAGGAUGCUUUGUGUCAGGUCAACUGCUAUUGCCCAAAUGGAUGGAAACAGUUGGUAUUGGAAAACCGAAAGUACGGAGAAUGUUUCUUCCCAACGAAGAUUGAUGCCAGUUGGACAGCAUCUAAAUUCGAAUGUCCGGUACUUUCAAAAGAACACACUGGAAAUGGACAUUUAGUUUAUGUAAAUUCCGAGCUCAAAAACACAUUCCUCAAUCAAUUCUACAUGGAUAACUGGUACCCUGAAAAUCAAGAAAAUCCAAACUAUGACAUUGGAUAUUACUAUGAUCAAGCUACGAAAAAGUUUAUUUGGGUGAAUGGAGUGACAAAUAAUCCAUAUUCAAAUUGGGCUACUGGACAUCCAGAUGUAAAACAAGGAGAUUGCGUGAUGGCGAAAUUAUUGAAAGACUCGAAAAAUGAUUUCAGAUGGAACUCUGUUAGUUGUACAAGUGAAUAUGGAAGAGGGCUGUGUCAAGAAGCAGCAUGUGACACCGAUUUCUACUGUGCACCUUCAAGCAAUUAGUGAUGUCAUUCUCAAUUUGAAUUUAAACAGAAUAAACUAUUUUUAAAAGUAA